UCACCACUCUAACCGUUUAGGACUGGCACUAGUACGUACGUGUCCUCUUCGCGGGCUCAAUUUUCAAAAUGGCACCGAAUUGAAAAAAGCCGAACUACUAUUUCUCAUUUAAAACGCAAAAUUCUACUCCUUAUUUCAAUAUUCUAACCACAAAAAUGGAUCAUGGACAUAGCCAUGCUCACCAAGAGCCACAUGGUACAGGAUUUUACCCAAGUUCAGCGUCAGAAUGCUCUGAAUUGGGUGUUUAUUCGUACAAUAGUAGCAAUGUGAAUGGUCUACCAAGCACUGAGAAUACAGGAAGAUUUCUUCGUUAUGUUCCCAACAAGAAGGCAUUAGCCGGACAAGUAAAUAUUGAUAUUAAUGAAAAAGAUAUUAAUGAACAAGAACAAAACCUAAGGCAGAGAGGAUCCCAAGAAACAAAUAACAAACCACUAUCAAGUAUUAUUAAACCAUUUCCAAAAAGAACAUAUAAAUUAAUGAAUGUUGUCAGAAAGGAGCUCAAAACAAUCUUAGCUGAAAAACAAGGUUGGAAGAUCUUCUGGUUAUUCCUAUUGAAUUUGGUUUUAACAUUUACUUUAUUUGUGUAUAGUGGAUCAACAAAUAGCUUAGCUUUGAUGGCAUUUAGUUAUUUAACAAUAUUUGAUUUAUUGAGUUUGGCUACAUGUCUUCUGUCUCUGUGGGUUUCGCUGCAAAAACCAACAAAGUCAUUUUCCUAUGGAUUUGAAAGAUAUGAAGUGCUUUCAGUUUUUUCCUCUACAAUGUUAACAAUGUUUGGAGCACUAUUUAUUUUCAAAGAAAGUAUUGAAAGGUUAUUGAUGCCUGCUGAAGUAACAACUGACAGUUUAUUUGUCCUUGCCAUUGCUGGUCUCUUUCUACAUCUUCUUGUUACGUUUAUGGCUGGUAAUAAGGCACUGAAUGAAGUUUCGAAAGCUGCUACAUCCAAUUGGCUUCAGGAUGCUGUGAUAGAUCUUGGUCACAACAUUUGUGGAAUUUCCCCAUUUCUUGGUAAAGUUCUCAUUCAAAAGUUCAAUCCAGUAGCAUUAUUAGGGAUAGCAGGUGCUGCAUGCGUACUCAUAACAGAUGCUUGUAUUGACUACAAUAAAACAUACACCUCAGACAGCUUGUGUGCUAUAGUGAUGACAACAGUUAUUUGGGCGACAAUGUUACCUCUUAGUAUCUACAGUGGACAAGUUCUUUUACAGACUUGCCCAACAGAUAUUAUGAGCCAAAUAGACAAGUGUCUGCGUGAGGCUUCAACUUUGGAUGGAGUUUUAGAAUUUAGGAAUGAACAUUUUUGGACAGUGUCCUUUAACAAGAUGGCUGGUUCACUUCAUGUUCGAAUUCGAAGAGAUGCCAGUGAACAAAUGGUUCUUGCUCAUGUAACUAACAAGUUAUCAACAUAUGUAACAUAUCUAACAGUUCAAGUUUUUAAAGAUGAUUGGAUACGAUCUAGCAGUGGAACCAAACUAGCAACCCUCCCAUCCUCAUUUCCACGUGCACCCAGUUUACCAAAGAUUCCAAAUCCCCCUUCUCAUUCCCAUUCACAUUCCCAUUCACAUUCCCAUUCACAUUCACAUAAUGCGGAAAACCCUUAUACUGUUAAUAUGAAUAGUAUAGGUUCUGGUUACCCUGCAAAACCUUCUCAAAAGUAUACAGAUAGUCCAUUAACUGUUCCCUAUGCACCACCUAGUAAACUCAACUAAAACACAGAGAGGAAUUAGGAGGGGUCAGAGA